UCGACGCUCUGCACUCUUCAGCGAGGUUUCACGAACGGAAGAGGGGAAAACCAAAACUCUGGCGCGAUGGCGAGGACGGGGCGGUCCGUGCUGCUGCUCCUCCUCCUCCUGAUCCCCACGGCGCUCUCCCUGCUACUGCUCUACGAGCGCCGCCUCGCCGUCGCGCUUAACCCCAUCCAGAGGAAGGAUUUUCCGGCCGGGAUUGCGAGUCAGGGCCGUAGCGUCGAGGAUAGCAAGCUAACUGCGUUUCCUCUGGAAACUGCGAGUUCUUUGAAGGAACCUGUCGGUGCCGUAUUAUUGGAUUUGGAGGAACCGCUCAAGUUUGCCAAACAUUCGAUUGAGCCCACGGACCAAGAAUUGCUACCCGGGAAGAAGGCUAACAGGGUACUUUCUGAGAUCACUUCUGGUGAUGGUGCCGUAUUGAAGGGUGGAGAACUGAUCGACCAAGUGACAGGGCGGAAGGCACAGGAUGGUGGUUUGGCGACGGGCUCAAUGGAUCAGCAGGAGAAGCACACAGAAUCCCAGCAGCAGUCUUCUUCUGAGGGAAGAUCCUUGGAGGGAGGAAAGAACCCUCAAAAAGAAAACACAGAUGGUAGGAGUAGAAAUAUGCCUUUGUCUGAUACCAGGGUCCGGGAUAUCAGGGAUCAGUUAAUCAAGGCAAAGGUCUACCUUGGUCUUGGAGCCAUUCGAGCAAAUCCUCAAUACCUCAGGGAUUUGCGACAGCGGAUACGGGAAGUUCAAAAGGUGCUUGGUGAUGCAUCCAAGGACUCUGAUCUACCAAAGAAUGCCAAUGAGAAGGUGAAAGCACUUGAGCAGACAUUGGUCAAGGGCAAACAGACACAGGAUGAUUGCUCUGUUGCUGUCAAAAAGCUCCGGGCUAUGCUUCACUCAGCAGAGGAGCAGCUGCAUGCACAAAAGAAGCAAACUGUUUUUCUAACACAACUUGCAGCCAAAACCCUUCCCAAAGGUCUUCACUGCCUCCCCUUGAGGCUAGCUAAUGAAUACUUUUCAUUGGAUCCUAGUCAGCAGCAAUUCCCAAACCAUGAGAAACUUGAUGAUCCCAAACUGUAUCACUAUGCCUUAUUCUCAGAUAAUAUAUUGGCAACAGCAGUUGUUGUUAAUUCGACAGUGUUAAAUGCCAAGCAUCCUUCCCAUCAUGUUUUCCACAUAGUAACUGACAGACUAAAUUACGCUCCAAUGAGAAUGUGGUUCCUCUCUAAUCCUCCUGGAAAAGCAACAAUUGAAGUACAAAAUAUUGAUGAGUUCACAUGGUUAAAUGACAGCUCCAGCCUGGUGCUGAAACAAUUGGGAUCUCAAUCUAUGAUCGAUUAUUACUUUAGGGCACAACGUGCAAAUUCAGAUUCAGAUUUGAAGUACAGAAACCCAAAGUAUCUUUCAAUGCUUAAUCAUCUGAGAUUCUACUUGCCUGAGAUUUAUCCAAAGCUCGACAAGAUGGUCUUUCUUGAUGGCGAUGUAGUAGUAAGAAAGGACAUAACUGGCCUCUGGUCAAUCGAUAUGAAGGGGAAGGUUAAUGGUGCUGUAGAGACUUGUGGAGAGAGCUUCCAUCGCUUUGGCCGUUACUUGAAUUUCUCAAGUCCUGUUAUUGCAAAGAAUUUUGACCCCGAUGCAUGUGGCUGGGCUUUUGGAAUGAACGUGUUUGAUCUGGCUGAAUGGAGGCGGCAGAACAUAACUGAACUCUACCACUUUUGGCAGAAGCUUAACGAGGACGGACUGCUAUGGAAACUUGGCACUCUCCCUCCAGGUCUGGUUACAUUCUGGAACAAGACAUUCCCCCUCGAUCGAUCAUGGCAUGUUCUCGGUCUAGGUUACAACCCACAUGUAAGCAGUAGAGACCUGGAGCGUGCCGCAGUCAUACAUUACAAUGGCAACCUGAAGCCCUGGCUUGAGAUUGGCCUCCCCAAGUUCCGAAGCUACUGGUCAAAGUACCUUGACUAUGAUCAGCCUUUUCUGCGGGAAUGCAACAUCAAUCCGUGAAGCAAGACCAGUACCUCCGACUCCAAGCCAUUCUGACUCUAGCCUAGGUAGUUCAGUGUUUGAUCUAUUUGUCUCUCUUGAUUUUUGUGUCGAUAUCCCAUGUUGGGUAUUUGUAGGGGUUGAGAUUACAUGCCAGUAGGGGAAAAUAAUAAUUCUGCACUCCAAAUGCUUUUUGGCAUGCCAUUGUUGUGUAGGAAAAAGUUAGAUUGCUGCCGUUGAGUAUCUGUAACAUGGAAGUUAGAAAUACACGAGAAAGACCCAAAGACCCUGGGUGGCUAACACCAUGAGGCGGUGGGCUAGUCAGGUAGGGUUCAAGCCUCACUUCUAUCUAUUAAAAUGGGUGCUUAACUGUUGAGUA